UAUUUUUUUAAAAAACAUAAUUUACAAAAGUUUUCCGUAAAAAACGUGUGCUAGUGUGUAUGGGCUACAAUUUUAUUGUAUAGUAGGUUUACAAUAUACAAAAUAAUAUAGCUGGCGUUUUUAAACAAUUCGUUUACGGUCACACUGUUAGUGGCUCUGAAUUUUAACAUCGUAUUGUUUUUGGCGGUUUUCACGCGUCUGCAAUCUUUAAAGAUAUCUAAAAUUAAAUACAAUGCAAAUAUGUCUUUUCCUGUUACUUAUAAAGAAUUCCAGAAGCUAAUCGUCAACCUUAACGACAUUGCACUAGACGUGCAAGCACAGGAUGGCGGCGAUAAGACAGUCGAGCAGUGUACCCGCUGGUUGUACAAAGCGUUCUUCAGGGAUCCCACCGCUCGAAGUAGAUAUCCUUUCAAAUUAGAAAACCGUCCUAGUUCCUGUUCCCGUCACAUUCUCGAUAAAUUACUUAAGGAAGCAGGGACUGAAGAUAUGUCUGUAGAUGAGGAAGCUGAAAACAAGGCGGAAGCAGCAUCACAACCCCAAGGUGUGAUAGUCGAAGUGGACAGAUGGGGCCCAUUUCUCUUUCCGGUAUCCUUUGAAACAUUCCUGGAGAGCUUGAACCAAAGGGAGGUUUUUUUGAAGAUAGCCAAGACCAGGGAACAAUGCCUAGACUUUAUGUUCGAUGAUGCAUUACGACUACGUACCCUUCGAAAGUUCUACAACCGCUUUUACAUGUUUCCAGAGAAGCGAUCCGAAAAAAACUUCUUUAAGGAUGAGCCGGCGACUUCUUUGUCAAAGUUGCUCGAGUUUGGCAGGCCGCAUAAAAAAAUAUCAGCCAAUUGUCUGGUGGAGGAUACCAAUAACAACAAUAAUGCCCUUUCCAGCAAGGAAGCUGCUGACGAACAGAGUCUAAGCCUUAAUGAGCCAACUACGUCUUCGCAGGUACGAAAGAUGUCUAGGCCCAAGACUACCGACUGCGCUACAAAAGAAUCCGAAGGUCAGAAAGGGCAGGACGGCAUUCCGAAUAAACCAGGUGUUAACUAUCCGGUUUCCUUCGACCUCUUCAAACGGCAAGUGAUUAAUCUCGAGGAAAUUGUUCACAAAAUGCAGCUAUGCGAUGAGCAUAAAGGAAAAACUGAUGAGAAUUGUAUUUGGGACUACUACAAUUGUUUUUACACUGUACCGGCGAUGCGAGAAAAGUUUGUUUGCCAAUUUAAGCCAUGUCCCGCAAAGAUGCAAAAGAAACUGUUGAGUUUUCCACCGAAACAUAAAGAGGCGGAAGUGGAAAAACCAGAAGGCCAGAUUGUGGAUUGUACCGCUGAGAAACCGGGUGAAGAGUCUCAACCGAAUUCCUGCCAGAAGGCUGCCCACGGAGAGAUUCAAAGCGUGCCCCAGUCAACUAUGUCCUCGCCAGGACGGGUGCAUUACAAGGCGAAGGCUCCCGAGAUUGCCGCUGGAGAUCCUAAAGGACAGCUAAAGACCGUACCAGCUGUUCAAUAUCCGAUUUCCUUCUAUCUCUUCAAACGGUAUGUGUGCAAUUUCGAGGAUAUUGUUCAGGAAAUGAAGCUAAGCGAUGAGCAUAAAGGAAAAACCGAGGAGACGUGUAUGAGGGACUAUUACAAAGGAUUUUACACUGCACCAGAGAUGCGGGAAAAGUUUGUUUGCCGACUAAGGCCAUGUCCAGCCAAGCUGAAAAAGAAGUUGCUUAGUUUUCCAACGAAACAUGAGGGCAAUGCGAAAAACCCGGAUUGCCAAACUGUGGAGUGUCUUGAGAAACCAGCUGGGGAGUCCCUAUCCAAUUCCUGCAAAGAUGCUGCCGACGGACAGAUUGUAAGCUUAACCCAGUUAACUAUGUCCUCGCCAGGUCGGGUCAAGACUCCCGAGAGCGCCACUGGAGAUUCUAAAGUUCUGAAAGAGACCGUACCAAGAACGCAUUCCGACAGCCAGGACUGCGUUCCAGGAAAGCAAGCAGUUCAACAUCCAAUUUCCUUCGAUCUUUUCAAACGUUAUGUGAGCAAUUUCGAGCACAUUGUUCACAAAAUGAAACUAUGCGAUGAGCAUAGGGGGAAAACCGAGGAGAAGUGUAUGAUGGACUAUUACAAAGGUUUUUAUGCCUCCUCGGGGAUGCGAGAAAAGUUCGUUUGCCGGUUUAAGCCAUGUCCCGCCAAGCUGAAAAAGAAGUUGCUUAAUUUUCCGCCGAAAGAUCAAGAGGGACAUGAAACACAACCAGACUGCUGUAUUGUUAAUGUUACCACCGAAAAACCAGUUGAGGACAGUCGUCAAGGUUCAAACUGCCAAGCGCAGUUUGCCAUUCCGAGGCUUAAGAAAAUUGUCGCCAAGGAUAUCCGCAAUGAAAACAGCCAAGAUACAAAACCCAACAUGAUAGAGGCCAAAGCGAUAAUGGCCGCUGCAGGAAAUAAGGCUUUCGACCUUACUGAAAUCACGAUAAAUAACACCCUUUAUCUGUUUCCUGUGUCAUUCCGAGCCUUCUUUUAUGCUAUCAACUAUGACGAAAUUAUUGUAGAGUUGAUAAGUGAUACUUACAAGAAAAAAAGCCCUGAGCAGCAAAAGGUUAUUCUUGGGAACGGUCGAACUUGUGUCCCCCUGUUCCGUCGAUAUUACCUCUCCUUUUAUGUUGAAGUCAAAUUCGACAACGGUUUAAUUUCAACUUUAGUGCUGCGCCUUCAAAGUUCCGCAAAAAUUAUUGGAAGUUGCGGUGCCCAUUUCUCAACCCCCAGGCUACAAUUUUUUAAACACGUUUCUAAGCGAAGUCGAUAUUUAGGCAACUGUUUAGCUCGAGAAGAAAGUUUACAUUCAGAGGCCCAUGCUAGAAAUAAUCAUUCUGCAUCAUUGGUCGCAGCCCUAUCAAAAGAACAUGAAUCGCAGUCAAUUUCAAAUCAAUAUGGCGUUAAAGAAGUCGCCACAACCCAAGCAACGGAAAUUCUUCAAGAUAAAGAUUUGGAGAAAAGUUCAAAGGUGGCUGAAGCUGACAAAUCAAGCUUAAAAAACUCAGCUAGUGUUACCAACAAAAAUGAAGCGGAAACAGGGAAAGAACAGACAGAGACUGAUUCGUCCAAUAAAGCGGAAAGUUCAACAAGCACCCCAAAAAGCUCAUCAAACAAUAGUUCUGGAAAUGAGGAAGUAUCGGCAACAAUUUCAAAAGAACAAAUGAAAGACACAACAGGUGAAAAUCCUGGAGAUGCUUCAUUACAGAGAAGCGAUAAACAAAUCCUUCUCGAGCGAGCAAUGGAAAUGUUUUUCGCCGAAAGCAGCUGGGAUCACAAUCUGAAGUAUUUGAUCUGCACAAGCCAAGGCCUGAUGAGAUCUAUUUGGCGCAUCCUCUACCAACUAAGUCUUGAGGAAUUCCUCGACUACACGAGCAUCCACGACGGCGAGGGCUUGUAUGAAAGCGAUGUAGAUUUGCAACUUUGUUUUCAACACGUCGUGACCCUUGGCAACUGGCCAAUAAAUCUAUGCGUCAAAUUACCCUAUUUAAAGCAACUGCUCCACACCAAAGGAGUGCAGGUAGAUAAGCUGGAGCUGGGUCAUUUAUCGCCAAAGAUUGUUAGUCCUUGGGAACUAGGUCUAUACUCAGAUUUCGACAAAAUAGUUGAAGAGGAGUACACCCUGCACACUGGCAAGACAAUUGAUGAUGUUGUGCAGUUGUUUCAAGAGAGGGAUAAUUUAUAUGCAGCCUGUUGGACAUAUAAUCAGUGGAUACCAAAAGUACCUCAUCUCACAGAUGAGGCACUUCAUGCCGCAAUCGAAGGAGUGGAGCCUGAUCUUGUUGGAACUUCAUUAAAGCAACUUUGUUGUGUGAAAAGUCGAGGUGAAAACAGCCCAGCAGAGAUAGUGUCCAUCGCCUCAAGUUCAGACACGGUUCCAGAAGAACAGAGUUGUCCACCCACUCAGCUUAACACAACAAACUUUGUGGACGUGGCAAAUGUGAGUCAUGAUUCCCAAUUGACACAAACUGCUGCCGAUCCACUAAUGUCCCAGGAAAUCGCGCUUGUGGACAAGGAAUUACAUGUGCCAGAAACUCAAAAUGAUCCAACGCCAAUACCGCCGAUUAAAAAGGAACCCAAAUUCCUAAACAACCAACGAGGAACUUUGAACAGCAAUGAUUGCCAAUGGGAGACUAUUACGUCGGAGGAACAAAUAAUUGACUUGGAUUCCAGCCAAAAUCAAGGACCGAGUUUCUCCUGCUUUGCAAUCGCCAAACCGACAGAGGAGAAAGUGGAAGAAAUUACAGCUCCUGCGCCUCCAGAACCGUCGAAGCAUCAGGACACUGCGAUUCUGGGAAAGCGACAGGCCGCCAGCAAAGCAGUGCCCAGCAAGCGAAUUAGACUGAUCAAAGAAAACGUUCCGCAGCUGAGGCACCAGUUCCAACCGCUGCCGAUGGGUGUAGUGGUGCGAGUCGAAUCUGGAGCGAACCAACCUCCCGGUCCUCGGCCAGCAGAGCCCGAGAUCACGCCCUCGCAGGACUUUGCCGCUGGCAACACACUUCUGGAUUGCCCUGAUCUCAAUGCGCUGCUAAAUUCCACGAAUGUCAACACCCGCAAGGUAAUUAAAGAACAAGUUGAUACUGUCUCUGUUAUAGUUCCUGGCUCGAAGCCCGUUGUCGUUCCGCCCCGCCUUCAAAGCAGCAUUAUAUUUCGCGAACUGGUGCGCUUCAGCUUCUUCAGCUCGCUCACUGUUGAGCAAAUAAUAAAGUAUCGCAUUGAAGGAUACCUAGAGGGCGCGACCUACCAGAAUGCACUGGCUAGGAUCGACGACAGACUGUGCAACUUGCGGGGUCCGCUGCUCGGGAGCCUCUUCCCCCACCUGUCACCCACGUUGCGAGCUGACUUGCAGCAGGUGCUCUGCGAUUUGGGGGAGUUCACCUACAAAUGCCGCUGGCCAGCGCACAAAGACGUCACCGCAGAUCUCCGGGCACGGGUUUUACAUGUCUUCAUGGAUGUGGCCCCGAAAUUCGGCCAAUUCCGCAUACAGUACGAUAAUGCAACCAGGGAGUGGGCUACCUGUAGCGAAAUGGGCAGGUGGAACAACGAGGCGGACGUGCGGGAAACCAGCUUCGACGUCGUCCAGUUCAUCGACCCCGGCAUCUUGAAGAGAAUGAAGGAACUAAAGGAUCUGAUGAGUUGAUAUUUAUUGAAACCACAUUUUUGAUUCAGUUUAAACGAAUGUUAAUGAAUAAAUAGUUAAUACUAUAUAAAAUCGUUUGCUUUUUUUCUUUUCAGAGACUGCCAUGAUCUUAGCUUCGGAGUCAAGAAAUGUGUUGUAAAAAGUAUUAGCUUUAAAUUAAAUGUGAUGUUAAUGUUCGAUGUAUGUCAUGGAAAAACCUAAUUUUCUAUUUGAUUGUUUUGAAAUUAUUUAGUUAAUGCCUUUUAAGCAAAUAAUAUUCGUAUUAAAAGUUUGGACUGUCUACAGUUGCUUAUGUAUAUAUAUUAGUCUUGCUGAGGGUUUAAUAAUUUUUCCUAAAUGUUUGUAAUGCAAAAAAGAAUUAUUACUGAUUAUAUAUAGUGUAAAAAUUAUUUGUUUUUGUGCAAUUUUCAAAGAUUAGGGACUUGAAACUGUCUUAAUCGUCAAUACUCUUUGGUUUUAAUAAAGACGAUCAAUUCACAAU